UAUAAAGCACUUUGAGAUAUGCUGAGGUUGGGAAAGGUGCUAUAGAAAUACAGGUUUUUUUAUUUGUGGGGAAGAUUCCUUGAAGUAGGUAACCUUUGGAAUGGCCUAUGAUGAUGUUGCCAAAUUUUAAAGUUGUGCUCUUUCUACAUCUCACACUGUAAGCAGUCUGCGUGAAAUCAAGUCACAGUUCCAGCUGAAUCUGAUGGUGCAACUCGUGUUGAAACAAGGCCAAGUCGAGGUGAUGAACAGUGACUUCAUCCCUGACUAUUCCAAUUCCAUUUUCCUGCAUAAAGGCGUCGUGGAGGAUCUGAACAGCACCAUUCAGUUAUUAGGAGAAAAGAAAGUGGCCAGUAUGGUGGAACGCAAGGACUUCAGGAAAAAAAUUGUUCAGGUGGAGUGGGAAUGCCAGAAGAUGCUAAUGCAAAUGGAUGACUUGCAUAACAAGAUCCGAGACAUCCUGAAAUUGAAGAUCAGCAAACAGGCACAGAUGUAUCUAAGGGAGGCGAAUUAUGAGUCUCAAAUCAUUGCACACAUUAUGGGAAUGGAACGUUCAGUUCAAGGUCAGGAGAAGUUCCACAGCAAGGUUCUCAAAAAGAAACAGGAUGCUAUCAAAGAGCUGGAGAAGCAGAUUACACAGCUGAAACAGGAGAUGAAUGUGAUAGAUCACCAGUUGAAAGAACAACAUAUUUCUGUCAGUGAGAGGCAAAAUAUCCAGGAGAUGACCAGUAAGUUCAAAAUAACAUAUUGAAUUGAUAGAACCAAUUAGUUUUUGAGACAACUCAGUCAUAAUCUGCUUUACUUGUGCUCAGAUUGAUAUUACGCAAACACUGUACACACAGUUAGCAAGGAGUAUGUGGUUCCAGAGGAUUUGGACACUUGAAAAAGAAAUUUAACAGGGCCAAAGGGUGAGAGCUAAGCAGUGGGUUAAAUUGGAUUGCUCAAAGAACUGGCACAGGUAUAAUGAGUUGAAUACUUACCCUCCCUCUUCUGUCACACCUUCUGUGCAGUAUCAUGGUGGGACAAACAAAAAGUGGCAUUUUAUAAACAUCUCGCUGUGUCUUUCAGAGCAUUUCAAAAUGCAUCAUAUUGCAGCGAGUAAAACCGCAAAUAUUGCAGCUAAUUUUGCAAGAUUCAACAAAUAGUUUAAUGCAUGAAAAAUAAUAGAGACUUUUGGAGCCAAGAUAGGGAGAGCCGAAGAUUCUCUGCUGUAGAUCUAGCCUUAGGUAUUUCAGUCAUUGACUUGAAAGGAAUGUUGAUGAAGCCAACACAGAACUCUACUUUUUUGUCAGACAGUGCUCGAUUAAGGUAGGUUAAAGAUUAGCUGAAUCAAAACUGCAAGGAGUCAACACCAGAAACUCAUAAAAUUUAAGAAUUGUUGAUCGGUAAAUUGUUGCAGGGAAUCCCGAAGGACCGGAUUUACAUGUAUUUGGAAAGGCAAGGACUGAUUAGGGAUAGUCAACAUGGCUUUGUGUGUGGGAAAUAGUGUCUGACUACCUUAAUUGAGUUUUUU